AAUGCUGGCUGGAAUAUUCUGUUGUUUCCUAGAAUAAUGGUUUUAUAUUGAAUGGCAAAAUAAAACAUAUGUUUUCUCCAGACACAAUACAAAGUCGAUUGGAGGAUCGAAAAUCGUAUUAUAAAUAGUCCAGUUUAUGAUGAUAUGAAGACAUCGGCUCAUCAGCUUUAUACGAUUGAACAACUCUCUUCAAUUCCCCAAGAGAUCGGCAACUGCAACUUACUGCAAAUAUGUCAAAACUUAGCAUUUGUCUGUUCCUUGUUGUUUUGGUGGCUGUGGCCAUUGAGGCUAGCGGCGAUAGGCGUCCCUGCGUGGGUCGCUGCAACAUCAAGGAUUUGGGUAGCACACGUACCGUCUGCAUUCGGGAUCGUCGCACGAACACUUGCACCAAAUUGCGUUCCUGCCGUUUGAGGGAGAAGAACUGUGAGCGCCGAGAUCUCGGCCUGGAGCCCCUAAGGGAGAGCUGCGCCACCCGUUGCCGCAACAUUCUCGGUGGCAGUGGAUCCAGUGGACAAUGUGCCCCGAAAUUGCGUCGCCAGACAACCAAAUCGCCCUGGUCUGGUGGCAAGCGUUUACGCGAUUGCGCCUACCGCCGUUGCGUGGACAUUGAGAAGAGACCCGGCUGCUGGAGGAACAGGGAUAACGGUUGCGUUGUCCUGACCCGCUGUGAGGCACAGCGCAGGAACUGCAAUCGCGAUCCUCAGGAUCAGUGGCAGCGCGCCAGCGAUUGGCGUUGCGCCGGCAAUGUACAAGGCGGUGGAGUGCGUCAAUGCCGCCGCAGGGUUAUUAAGAAGGACUAAUCAGGAUCAGGCCCCAGACCCCAGCUGCAAAUUCUACCUAAAGCCAUUUCCAUUUGGUUGGUUUCCACAUCUCAGCUCAGCUUGGCUCAGCUUUUCUUCGUUUUUUUUCUUUCUGUUUUGUUUAUUCUCCUCUCUGGCCUUUGAAAUUCAAAAUGUCUAUAAAUAUUUCAUAA